AUGGCCAGCAGCGUCCACGAGUUUGUGUUUGACUCGGAAAGCUGUCUCCGGUCGCUGUCGGGACGGAUCUUCUUCAGAGCUCUGCCUCCUAGCCUGGCAGGUCUGCAGGACGCUGUCCAGGCUCGAGUCGCUGACCUUGUUGCUCGUGAAGAGACUGGCCAGGACAUUGAUGACGCAGAGCUGCAGCCGCCGCGGAGGGCCCGCAAGUCCUCGCGGUCAAAGUCUGGGCCCAUUCGCCAGGACGACAAGGAGUUUGCCCGAAAGCUCCGCCGCAUGCGCAAGGCCCGCGUCACCUCGUACUCGCGGCUCCGCAAAUGGAUCGACUCGCUGCCGCCACUGCCGGCGCAGCAGAGCUCGACCGGCCCAAUCGCGCGCUCGAAUGCCCGUGGCUACGGCCGCCUCGCCGCGCGCCCCGCCGUGGCGGGCGGACUGGUCAUUGCUGCUUCGACCGCCUCGCGGUCGCGCAUCUUCCAGAAGCUGCCGUUUGUGGCGUCGACGUCCCUGAUCGCGCCGCGGACCGGCGCCCGCAAGCCGACCGUCCCCACCCGCUCGCGUAUGGGCGGAAUCACGGUCUCGCGCCGCGCUGGCGAGGUCGCCAAGUCGGUCACCGCGCGCCUCAACAAUAUGUCGGCUACCCGCCGCGCCGCCCGCAUCUCGCGUGCCUCCCUCUCCCGGACCCCGCAACUGCCUGCGGUGCUGGUCGAGGAUCCCGAUGGCGAGUUUGAGCCGUUCUACAAGGUCUUUGCCUGGGACGCAGACGCACGCGCCUUUGCUACCCCGCGCCUCUACCUCGACGACGCCCAUCUCUCCACCGCUGGCUCGCUCUUUGUCCCGGGCACCACCCCGCACUACAUUCCCUCGCCCAAGCCCCCGCCGCCGCGUGAUAACGAGUCGUCAGACACCGAGGAGCUGCUCAUGGGCACCGCCGCCGCCGCCACCGCCAAGAAGAAGAAGAAGAGAAGCGACCGGCGCCCGCACAACAAGCGCAAGCACUCGUCCAAGCCGCACAAGGCCCGCGCCCCGCGCCCGGGCACCUGCGAGUGCUGCAACGUCCACUACGAUGACUACGAUGCCCACAUCACCUCUGACAAGCACAGGCGCUACGCGCUCAACCCGGACAACUACGCCGACCUCGACAAUCUGCUCAACCGCGUCGCCGAAUCGGUCCGCCAGUCGCAGCUCGACGACACCGGCUCGGUCUCGCCGCCGGUUCGUGAUGUCGUCGUGGCCGCCGACUCUGCCGCACCUGCCACGGUCGUCGUCCAUGCUGAUGGUGACGGCGAUGAUGACGGCGAUGACGACGACGCCGCCGACGAGUCGACACAACCUGCGCCGCCUUCGCCGGCCCUCCUGGCUCCUGCCGCUGAGGCAGUGGUCAACCUCUCUCUCCCCUCGCCGUCGCAGUCAACACCGCGUGAGCCGCAGCUCGACGUGCCUGCGUUUGUCACGCCGCAAACGCGACCGAUCCCACCGGCCGUUGCCCCGCUCCUCGCCCGCCCGACUCCGCGCUCGCGCUACAUCGACGUCGACGCCGCCAAUGCCUCGCUCGUCUCGCAGCUGGCAGCCAUCGACGACUCGGACUCGGACGACGACUCGGACAACGACUCGGACGACAACGACGGCAAGGCCUUGCUUGGCCAGGCUGGCCUCCGCGCCAUGCCAAUGGCGCCCGGUCACGCCAGAAUGCGCCGCCGCUCCGGCUCGGCCGCCUCCUCCGCCCUCGCGCCCAACACCGCCAUCCGCGGCUUUGGCAACCUGGCGUCGCCGCCCGAGAGCGCAGACUCGUCCGCCUCCUCGCCGCAGUCUGGCUCCGCGCAGCCGGCCCAAAAGACCAACUCGCUUGCCCAGCUUCUCUCCAUGAUGGAGACUAAGCCGAGCGCGCAGGUGGCCAUCGCGCCGUCGCGGGUCCUCCGCGGCGCCACCGCCUCGGGCACGCGGCCGUCCCGGAGGCUGACCGCCAAGCCUCCGCCGCGCCCCGCGGUGGCACCGGUGGCCAAGCCUCCGCCGGCCGCCUCCAAGCCGCUGCCCAAGCCGGUCGGCUCGUCGAUCUCGUCGUCGCCGACCAAGUCUGGCUCGUCGCGCUCGUCGCAGCGCAUGGCCGCGUACGGCUUCCUCGACUCGCCGACAUCGCCAUCGCGCAGGCGGCUGGUCGACGCCGGUGCUAUCCACGCCCACGCCGCCCGCGUCCGCGCUCUCCAGACCUCCACCACCGUUCCAGUCGAGAGCUCGGACAAGACCUUUAGCGACGAGCGCGUCGACUUGGUCGGUGUCAAGGUCGCUCCGCGGCCACGCCCGAUCCCGCUCAACUCGCCGCUCAAGACUACCACCCGCCUGCCGACCAAGCUCCGCAGAGCAAGCGCGCGGAGCAGGCGCGACAUUGCCGCCCACACCCAGCUGCCACCCACCAUCCGCGCCCCGGUCGCCCGCGAGCUCAAUCCCAACACCGACCUCGUCGCCACUGCCAGCCCGUCGCACCGCCAUCGCGCCGCCACCCACUCGCGUCUCUCCCGCCCGCAGCUCAAGCGCCGCCGUCGGCCCGAGUCAGGCGGCUCAGUCUCGGACCGCAUCGCCAAGCGCCGCAAGCCACUCGGCACCGUUCCACCCUCGUUUUCCUCCUCGCCACAGGACUUUGUGGAGGAGCCAGCCGCCCGCCCCCAGCGGCCGGCCGCGGCUCUCCACCGCCCGCGACCGAUUGUCGGCUCCAACGUCAAGACCGCACCGGCCAUCGAACCCGAGUUUACCGUUACCUUUAACGCCGACGAGCUGGUCUAG